AUGGCGACAACAGAACCCCCAGAAGAGGCUGAAGAGACACUGAGACAAAGCUUGAGUCCGAGAAGCCUACUCCGAUUUCUUCCAGGGUAUCUUUUUUCUUUGUUAUCUGUUAUCUAUAUUCAGCAGUAUUUUUCUGUCCUUGCGGGUAGUCAUCCACCACCCCAGAUUCCUGUUCCAGUCCCUCCAUCUCGUUCUACAAAGAUUGAUGAGUCAUUAGGUUGGCCGCUUCAACUGAGUGAAGAAGGUCAGAUUCUUGAGGCGGCUAUUGAAGCAGCUGCAAAUGCAGUAAUCAAGAUUGUGGAUAGUUUGAAUGAGUGGGACAGUAGAGCAGGUGAUGGUGACUGUGGGUCAACAAUGUAUAAAGGUGCAGCUGCGAUAUUAGAGGACUUGGAAACUUAUCCUCUGAAUGAUGCUGCUGAAACGGUGAAUGAAAUCGGAUCAUCUAUUGGAAGAGUUAUGGGAGGAACAAGCGGGAUCAUAUAUAGUAUAUUUUGUAAGGCAUUUUACGCACAAUUAAAAACAAGCACCCGGUCAGAUGUCACAGCAAAGAAAUGGGUUGAAGCACUCGAAGCUGCUAUUGCCGCAGUUAGUAAAUAUGGGGGAGCCAGUGCUGGCUAUCGCACAUUGUUAGAUGCCUUAAUUCCAGCUUCAACAAUUCUCCAGGAGGUCAUUAUUAUUGUUAUUUAAUUCUGGGUUCAUUCUGUGGCUUUUUGUGCUUAUAACCCUUUUCACAUACAUAAGUUAAAUGCUGGGGAAGACUCUGUUACUGCUUUUCUCCUUUCAUCCGAAGCAGCUUUGGCUGGGGCUGAGUCAACCAUACACAUGCAGGCACAGGUAAAACUAUUUUUGAUCCUUUUGCUUUUUUG